AGUUUUAUGAUUUGCUGCAAGGACGUCGUUGACAUAACACUUGUUGAACAUCGCUGAAGACAUUUUUCUUCGGUAAAGUGUUAUCGAGCAGUUCAGUGCGUUGAGACAGGACAUUUGUUGGGUGACCGAUUGCCUCACGGUAGAUAUUAUUGCGCUUUUCACCGAACGUGCACGGAUGUGUGACUGGGUUCAGCGUGCGAGCGUUUCGAUCCGAGUGAUUUAGUUUGCACUAAAAAGGAUAUCAAGUAGCGGGUGUAGGGAACGACGUCCGAUAGUUGAGUGAAACCGAAAACCAGCGGGGUGAACGUUAUUUGUGAGGCGUACAAUUUCGGGGGUAGCAAUUAUCGAGAGUACAGAACAGCAGAAGGCGCGUCGGAAGAAGAAGGUGUUUGAUUUCCGACGCGAGUGGAACGGGGUUCCUACCCAAACACACAAACAAUACGGCAAGGUGCUAGUCGUUCAAAAUCCUUUCGGGACGAUAUAUAAUUCAACACGUCUUGAAUUCCGUGGUUCGUAAAUUUUAAUGCCGCUGGAUAAUUGAAGAAGUUUACAAGCGUUGACAGUUGAUAUUUGAAUGCAGUGCUGAGUGAAAAUCACGUUAUAAAAUUUAAUUUGCGUAUAUUUUGCGAGAAGGCUGACAGCAAGGUGAUCAUUCCAGCAGAAAGUUCAGCAGAUUUUGGAAGUGUGAUUUUUCACGUUCUAUGACAAGACAGCAGCAGUGAUUUUUCCACCGACGGAAACAAGAUACCUUACUUUCGUGGUACUUUUGCAAUCUACAUAAAUUAAUAAACAUGAAGGCUACUUUGUGGCUGUGGUCACUGGUAACAACUUUGCUGUACCUCAGUCAACAGAUAUCAGCUGAGCCGUACACUGAUCUGCGGAUUUUACAGCCACAAGACAAUAGCUUGGUUGGUCCCGCCAAACGAACGAAGCCCUCGCUGUCGAUAGUGAAUCCGCUGGAUGUUCUACGACAGCGAAUCAUUCUCGAGAUGGCCCGGAGGCAGAUGCGGGAAAACACCAGACAGGUUGAGCGGAACAAAGUCCUCCUACGCGAGAUUGGGAAGAGAAGUCACCGCGAGUUCCCACCGACCGAAGAGGAGAGCACACUGCGUACCGGCCAGGUUCGUUUGAACUCGUUGCCCUUCCAACGUCGCUAUGGACCUUCACCAGAACGACGACUCGACAGUGAGGACUAUGAGCUGGAAGAGCCGACGGAACGAAAGACUACCAUUAUCAACAGAGAAAACAAUCGCAGCCGUAACCGUGAGGGUACAGCUGACUUUAAUGAACACAAACCAAUUAGCAGUACCGGUCUUAGUACCAGCAAUGACGGCAGCGGGGUGCUCACUUUCGCACAGGAACAACGUCAACUGGGGCAACGGCUGGGACAACAGGAUGCGGAAAAUGCUUUGAACAGAGAAUCUGUUCAUCCACAGGAGCUGAGAUUCUCUACAGAUGACAGAUUGUUACAAUUACCGGAUCGGAUUGUGAAUGAGCAACGUGAUGACGACGAAUAUUUCGAUAGUGGCAACAAUCUACUCAAGCAAACGGAACAAUCACAAUCACAACGGCAGCGACAUCAGCCGAACGAUAAGCUGAAAAGUGACGAUUACCGUCUAAGCUAUUUGUUCAACGUCCAGGAUAAGUUCUUCGGUUAAAAAUCAGACCCACACCGUGAGCUAGAACCAGAUCAAAAUCCGAGCAGUGAAAUUGUUAUGGAGCAAUCAUUGUUACUUUUAUCGUCUCUCACCCGUCAGCUUUCAACGAGCUGUGUCACAAUACAAAACUGUCCAUUCCAGAUUCCUCCCAGAAACCAGUACCGACAGCUACUUCAAGGAAUAUGACUUUGUCGUUCUUUCAUCAUCCAAAUCACACACAACUGACAGGCUUGCUUCUUGAGCUGCUUUUUUCAACUGGAGGAAAAGUGUUAUGUUGCACUCGUUUCACCCAGCAUGAUUCUAGCCGCUGAACGAAAGCUACAUACUAGCGUCGAAUUUGUUAAGAUUGAAGGAGCAAUCGUAUAAAUACAAUAAGCUGCAAGAAAAUGCUACUAAAUUGUGAAACCACCCAUCGAUCAGAUGCAACAAGAAGGGAAAAUUGAGCGAUAUGAGGCUAGUUAAAUGUUUUACAACCAACAUCAGAACUGUGCAUUAAAUGUCAAAUAAGCGAUCAUUACGGUAAAAUAAAUCACUCACUGAAAAUUAAAUCAAUACAAAAAAAAAUAAUCUCCAUAAUCUGACUGAUUAGGUUGGCUGCUCUAAAUUUGAUUCGCUGUGUACAUCUAAUCUCAGCAAGACCAGAAAAAAAAAUUAAAAGUGGAGAUAACGUUUAGCAGUAAGAGCAAAUGAAUCGAAAAUAAAAACAAAUAUUUUUGCAUGUAUUCUUGGUAGCUCAAAAAUUCCAACAGUAUCCUUAUCCAGUGUAGAAAGAGAACCAGAACAAUUGACUAAUGAACGAAACUGGAACAUGCCGGCACUAUCAUAACCCCAUUCUAACUAUGGCUUUUUCAAAUCACGUAUACAACAUGCAAACAAAAUAAUAAUACUAGUAACACAGAAGAGUCUGGAAUACAAAAAAAAACAAAGAUUGGAAGAAAGAAAAACGAUGGUUUGAAACAAAGGUUACUACAAUUUUAAUAAAAAAAAAAUAAGACGAAAUUCUAUCUGUAAUAUAGAAAUGAUUCCCAAUGUUUGCGAGAAAACAGCUUGAGAAUGACAACAUUUAAGAUAAACAUAAAUUUUAUCUAAUAUAACCUAAUUGUACUUGUUGGAAACUUAUGACAGCUAAAAUGUGCUAAACCUACAAAGAAAAGGAGACCGUGUAAUAAAACUAGAGAAACAGAAUCUGGAAUGUAUAUACAACUAAAUUAUUGAACAGUAAUAAAGUAUUUAAUUUUUAA